AAAUAUAUGUUUUAAAAUAAAUAAACAUAUAAAAUAUGUCCUUAAUGUAAAAAAACGAAUGCAUAAACGAAGCAAUAUUAUUGAAUUCAUUCUAAAGUGAUUAUAUAGUACAAUAUUAUGACAGCUUUUUUCAUGAAAACAGUCUUUCAAUUAUAAUGGAAUAUUGUCCAGGAGGAGAUUUAGAGAAUUUCAUAAAAAAUUAAUUACAAAGACCAUUAAAAGAAAAAUAGAUUUGGUAAUUCUUUUAUUAAAUUGCAUAAGGAAUAUAGUAAUUACAUGAAAAAAAAUAUUACAUAGAGAUAUUAAAACAAUGAAUAUAUUCAUUUCAUCUAACUAAAAAUUAAAAAUAGGUGAUCUUGGUGUUGCUAAAUAACUUUAAAAUAAUGAUAAAUUUGCUAGAGCAUAAGUAGGAACACCUUAUUAUAUGUCUCCUGAAAUUAUUAAAGAUAUUCCUUAUAAUGAAAAAAGCGAUCUUUGGUCUUUCGGAUGUGUUCUCUAUUAACUUGCUACAUAUAAAAAACCUUUUGAAGCUGGAAAUUAUAAUUCAUUAAUGUUUAAAAUAUAAAAAUGUUAGUAUGAUCCAUUACCUGAUAUAUAUUCGCUUUCUUUGUCUAAUCUAAUUUAAAAAUGUCUAACAAAAGAUCAUACAAAAAGGCCUUCUAUAUUCUAACUUUUGUAAGAUAAAGAAAUUUUAUAGAAAUUAAAAUGUUAAGAUAUUAUUUUGAAUAAUGAAUAAUAAUAAUUAUUGACUAGUAAUUUAUAAUUAAAAAUAAUACCAAUAGAAACAUCAAAUAAAUAAUCAAAUUAAAUAUUUAUAAAAAAAGUAUAAAAAACUGAAGAAGGAGAAUAAGAAAAAAAAAAAAUACUGAUUAAGAUAUAAUAAUUAAUUUUAGUA